CUUAUCUCAAAUUACUUCAAGCCAAAUCCCAAACAAAAAUUUUAAAAAAGCAAAAGCAACCAUGAAAAGAGCAAAGGUAGUGUUCAUUUCAACACCAGCACUUGGUAACCUUGUUCCAAUUAUUGAAUUUGCUAAACUCUUGACUCAAAAAAACAAAAAUCUUUCAGCCACCAUACUCUUAAUUAACAUCCAUCAAAGACCACUUGUUCAAUCCUAUGUUGACUCUCUCACCAACACCAAGACCAUCGAAAACGUCCAUUUCCUCCCCCUCCCCACGGCAGAUCCUCCGUCACUUGAUCAAUUUGAGGCCACUAUAGGCUUCUUAUCACUAUUGAUACAAUAUCACACGUUACAAGUCAAAGAUGCACUUAUUGACCUUAUUUCAGACUCAGGAUCGGGGCAAGUUGUUGGAUUCUUUAUUGACAUGUUUUGUACAUCCUUUAUUGAUGUUGCUAAGGAACUAAACAUCCCAUGUUAUCUCUACUUUGCUUCCCCUGCUACUUUCUUGAGCUUCAUGCUACAUCUCCCAAUUUUAGAUGCUCAAGUUAGUAAUAAUAUUGAGUUCAAAGAUUCAGCCAAUGAUUUCAAUAUUCUUGGUUUUUCCAAUCCUGUCCCUGUUAAAUGUUUCCCUUCAUUCAUGCUAAAAAGACAUAUAGAUGGUUACUCUUGGUUCCUACAUCAUGCAACAAGGUACAAAGAAGCCAAGGGUAUUGUUGUCAACACAUUUCAAGAACUUGAACCUUAUUGCUUAAACUCAUUGGUACAUACUACUAGUGAUGUUGUACCACCAGUUUAUCCAAUUGGACCAGUGGUGGACCAUAAUGGACCAGCUCAAUGGCAUCAAGAUUCUUGGGGUCAUGAAAAUGUCAUGAAAUGGCUUGACAAUCAAGAACCAUCAUCAGUAAUUUUCUUGAGUUUUGGGAGUAUGGGAAGUCUUAAAGAUUCACAAGUGAAAGAAAUAGCAAAAGGUUUGGAGAAAGCUGGACACCCUUUUUUAUGGGCAAUUAGAGAAGCACCAAAGGACAAAAGAGAACUUCCAAAUGAUUAUACAAACUUAGAGAAAAUAUUACCUAGUGGGUUUUUAGAAUCAACCAAAGGGAAAGGGCUAGUGUGUGGGUUGGUCCCACAAGUUACAAUCUUGGCCCAUAAGGCCAUUGGAGGAUUUGUGUCACAUUGUGGUUGGAAUUCAAUUCUUGAAAGUUUAUACUAUGGGGUGUCAAUUGGUACAUGGCCUAUAUAUGCAGAGCAACACUUGAAUGCAUUUGAGUUGGUGAAACAGUUGAAUCUGGCUGUGGAAAUCACAAUGGAUUACAGAGAUGGCACCACAUUAGUCUCAUCAGAGCAAGUGGCAAAUGGGGUUAAGAAAUUAAUGGAUGGUGAUGGUGAGGUGAGACAAAGGUUUAAGAAAAUGAGUGAAAAAUGCAAGGAAGUUUGGAAGGAAAAUGGCUCAUCUGCUAAUUUUCUUGGACACUUGAUUGAUGAAUUAAUGGGAAGUUCAGAUUUAAUUUAGUAUUAUUUAUCUAAGGAGUAGAUGAAAAUAAUGUUUGUAGUAAAUUAAUUGUACUUUAUAGUAAUCCCUCUCUAAUAAUGUAAUGUUUGGUUCAAAGGAAAAACAAUUAAAGUUACAAUUAUGAAGUACGUCAAUAAAAUUUCAACUUUU